UUUCUCUCUCUUCUUUCUCUCUCUCUCUUCACCAAGUUAACUGCAAAAUUUCCGUUUUUGCUUUUCUGUUCAUACGUAUUCACCAAGAGAUUUCGCACAGGAAAAGAAGAAUCAAUCAAACAAUUAAAGAGCUCCGGCGAAAUGAUUAUUCCACUUCCAGAGAAAUGGAAUCCGCCCUGCAACCGCGAGUGCACCCGCAAAUAUGCAGCGAUCAGAGAAACGCCAUGGAGAAUCUAUUGCAAGAAGGGGUGUGACGGUGACGGUGAUACAUGGGUUGAAUGUGUAGGAGAGUGUGAUGAACUAUGCUUCAAAGACCCAGUCUUCGAGGGCCAACAAUGGAGCGCUGUAUUUGAUCGUUCGCCUGGUUCUGCCAUCUACUCUGAGAAAUGCUUCCGUGCUUGUUUAGCUGGCUGUGCUCACAAGUUUGAUAUUCCUGAGGAGAAGAUCAAUCAAGUUCAAUCAAGAGCACAAAUGUCUCCACCUGUGGAGAAAGCAACACCACCGCCUCUGCCUGAAGAGAAAUCCGCACCAUCACCACCACCGGAGGAUAAACCAGCACCACCGCCUCCACCUGAGGUGAAACUAGCACCAGCACCACCACCAACUACUGAAUCUACAUGUGAGUUUGACCCCUUUAAGGAUGAUGUCCCCAACACUUCUGCAUAGUGAGCACAUAACAGAUAAAACCUUUGUUU